UGCACACCCCGUACUGAGCAUUGGAGUCCAAGGUGCACUUUUUCCUUACACUUGGCAGAGAAAUCGGCUGUCAGUCCUGGGCCCGUCAUACUCAGCCUGGGGCAUUGAAGAAUCUCCAGUCCCAUAUUCCACCUUUUCGACUCCUAGCCAUGGCCAAAAAGGUCAUUCUCUCCAUCAAUGCGGGCUCGAGCUCCGUCAAGGUCUCCGUGUUUUCGGCAGCACAAGGCACGACCAGCGUCCCAACACAACUAGCCGAGAUCCAGCUCAGCGGGCUCACCUCGCCGCCAUGCGCCGUCAAGUAUACACGGGGCGCCACAAACGUCUUCAAGGAUAAAGAAGUGAGCAAUGGUGGCAACAGCAAGGACAGUACCGGCAAGGGCAUCCAGAACCAGCAAGAUGCCUUCAGGUACCUGCUGGACACGCUGGUGCAGGACGAGCAGCUCGCCGAGAUUGGCUCGGCCGCGGACAUUGACAUUGCCUGCCACCGAGUGGUGCACGGCGGCGACUACACGGCCCCGCAGACCAUCACGGCCGACACGUACCACCACCUCGAGGAGCUCACGGACCUGGCGCCCCUGCACAACAGCAGCGCCCUGGCCAUUGUCAAGCUGUGCAUGAGCGGGACGGGCGACCAGGGGAGCAAGGUUGGGAAUAGCGAUGAGAAGGAUGAGGAGGGGAAGAGCCAGCAACGGCUGCUGCUCCCGCGUGCGACCAACGUUGCGUGCUUUGACUCGCAGUUCCACGCGACCAUCCCCACGCACAUCAGCACCUACCCGAUUAAGCCGGAGAUUGCGAAGAACAACGGGCUUCGGAAGUACGGGUUCCACGGGAUCAGCUACCAGUUCAUCACCGAGUCCGUGGCCGAGUUUCUUGGCAAGCCGGUGGGCGAGACGAGCAUCAUUGCGCUGCACCUGGGCAGUGGCGCGAGCGCGUGUGCGGUACGCAAGGGCAAGAGCCUUGACACCUCGAUGGGGUUGACGCCGCUGGCGGGACUGCCGGGCGCUACGAGGAGUGGGAGUGUUGAUCCUAGCCUCGUCUUCCACUAUGCCAGUGACGUUGGCAAGAUGUCGCCUUCGUCGACCGGGGAACUGCACAUCUCGCGGGCCGAGGAGAUCCUGAACAAGGAGAGCGGGUGGAAGGCCCUGACGGGGACGACCAACUUUGGGGAGAUUGCGUCGAGCGAGGACCCGCGGCACCGGCUCGCGUUUGACCUGUUUGUGGACCGGGUCUGUGGGUUCGUGGGCUCGUACUAUGUGGCGCUGCGCGGCGAGGUGGACGCGCUGGUGUUUGCGGGAGGGAUUGGGGAGAAGAGCGCGAGGCUGAGGAGGGAAGUCGUGGAGAGGGCGGCGUGCCUGGGAUUCAGGAUCGACGGCAAGAGGAACGAGGCCGAGGUGGACGGCAAGGACGUGGUUGUGGAGAUUGGGCGUGGUGAGGGGAGGACGCACAGGACGCUGAUUUGCAUGACGGACGAGCAGCUGCAGAUGGCCAAGCAGUGUGCUGCAAUGGAGGAGCUUUGGCGGUGACCUCUCAGCAGCAGCGACGUGUCUGGGGAAACGAGGCUUGCUCAGAGGAGGCGAGGUGUUCUUGGUGUUCGUCAGCGUAUGCCAUGUCGACCAGAGCGUUUGUCUGUCACGAUACUACACAUCUCCCCUCGCCCCAUGCUUGCCCGCAAUAAAAACAAGAGUGGCCAUGUCCCCGGCAACAAUGGUCCGGACCUUUGAGUGUCCACGACAUGGAUGCGUG